GAAGUCGAUCGAGGAUCAUCAUGAGAACAUGCACGUUUGUGACGGGUAACCCGAAUAAGGUUAUUGAGGUCAAUGCCAUUAUCGGAGACUCGUUCCCCAUUCGGGCCCUCGCAUUAGACAUUCCAGAGAUCCAAGGGUCACUGGAGGACAUCGCACGAGACAAGUGCCGACGUGCCGCCCAAAUUGUCAAUGGACCGGUGAUUGUGGAAGACUCGGCCUUGGAGUUUCAUGCGAUGAAUAGGCUUCCAGGGCCCUACAUUAAAUAUUUCCUCGAAGAACUUGGGAAUGGUGGUUUGAACAAACUCUUGGUUCCGUACGAAGACAAACGUGCGGACGCGGUCUGUACAUUUGCCUUUUCCUCAGGGCCCACCAGCGAGCCCUUGAUCUUUCAAGGAAGACUUCAUGGCAAAAUUGUUGCUGCGCGAGGACCUCCCGUAUUCGGAUGGGAACCAAUCUUCGAACACGAAGGAGAAACGCUUGCGGAAAUGGCCCAUGAAAAGAAGAACAAGUUAUCCCAUCGCUAUCAAGCGCUGUGCAGAUUCCAAGAAUGGCUGGCUACGGGCGGAAAGUGAUCACCGGACUUCGACCAAGAAGUAAAUGUCGUUGCCGCGUGGAAUAGCGGCCAAGGGUCCCAUGUUCCGACAUAAGUGGUAUCUACUGGCAUCUCAGGAUCUGCAUGAACCUUUCUAGAAUAACUCGGGUGUCUGAUGUUUCGGUUCCACGAGGAACGUUUGCGAAGGGAAACAUUCCCCGUCCAAACCAGGCCGUGGCCAUUUUAGAAUAUUUCCAGAGGACUUUAAUAAACACCAAAGGACUCACGCAUAUUCUCACGUUUUUGUAUCCGUUGUCAUA